UUUUUUUUUUAGGGAAAAAAAAUGGGCGCAACUGAUAGUAAACUAGCUUUUAGAAAAAGUGUAUUUCGUUUAUUCGAAGAAAGAAAUGUAUCUAGUUUUGCAGAUGAUUAUUGGAGUUUGUUUUGGACAUUACCAGAAACAGUUGAUGAUGUAUAUACAUUAGUGAGUCCGACUGACAUUAGAAAAACAAGAGACGGAGCAAGAGAAAACCUCGAAACUUUAAUUGACAAAGUUAUGGAACAGAUGACAAUACUAAUUGAUUCAACAAAUAAUUUUCAACCGAUUCAAUUUUUAAACUGUUUCCGUAUUUUAACUCGCAUUAUGCCUUUCUUAUUUGAAAGUGCGGACUGUAAUGAAUGGGAAGAUGUAUUUUUUUGGAAACCUCGUCUACAAGUGAAAGAAGAAUCAAAUAAUACCAUGUUACCUCCUAGAGGAGAGGUAUUGAUAAAAUUGACUUUACAAGCUUUAUUUAUGGCAGGAUUUACUUUACCACAAUCGAUGGGGACAGCAGAGAAUCGAGUUAAUUAUGUUAUUUGGGAAACAGGUGUAGGCUCUUCAACGCCUAUUGGAUCUUCUCGAGAUAAUGAUAUGAAUCGAAUAGAGAUACUUCGAUUUUUAAUCGUUUUAUUUUCUAAAUCCAUGUAUCAAUCACCCACACAUGUCUUGACAAAAACGGAUCCAUGGCUGAAUUAUAUGAUAAGACCUAAUCGACUUGAAAGAAAAGUAGUGUUGGCAUUUUUGUGUAGUAUGUUGAAUACAGCAUGCAAGUUUAAUCCAAUGGGCUGGACAACUGCUGUACCUUAUAACCAUAUCGUAUUUACUGAUUCAAGAGAACAAUUAGUUGCUCUUUGUUUACGUGCCCUUUUAAUUUUAUUGGAUUAUAAUGAUCAAUCAACUCUUGUAUCAGCAUUACAAAAUCAAUUAAAUAGCAGCAGUAAUAGUAGUAGUAGUAGUAGUAGUAAUAAUACCAGAAAUGACAUAGUCGCCAAGAUGGAUGCCAUUUCAAUCGAGGAGACUAAUAAUCAUAAAAAGGAUAUGGACAAUAAUAUAUUUAUAUAUUAUUUGUCAAAAUUACAUAGAGCCCAAGAUUUUCAAUUUUUGAUUGAUGGAAUUUAUAGAAUAUUGAGCAGUCCAAUGCAGUCUUUAAAUAGUUAUUUGCCUGGAUCAUCGAAGAGAGUUCGAUAUCAUGUUGAAAUGAUGAUGCUAUGUUGGAAAUUAUUGGAAAUCAAUAAUAGAUUUACCAAUUAUUUAAUGGAAACAGAAAGAGCUUUAGAUUUGAUGGUUGUUUUAGUAUUUUAUGCAAGUGAAAACAAGCUUGACUUGUCUCAAAUUGGAUUGGUUCGAAUGUGCUCAUUUACAUUGCAAAUGUUAUCUUCCAAUAGAACAUUUAGCGUUAAACUGAACAAGUCGUUUGAUGGCCAUGCUUCUCUUCCUAUAAAUAUUAGAAUACCAAAUUUUCAAGGAACUUAUGCUGAUUAUUUGAUUUUAUCUAUAUUUUCUUUAAUUGCUUCAUCAAAAGGAACGUUAUCUACACUUUAUCCAGCAUUAAUCAAGACGAUUACCAAUAUAUCGCCCUAUCUUAAAGGUCUUUCACGAUUAACAUGCAGUAAAUUAUUGACUUUAUUCGGUUCAAUAUCUGCCCCUGGAUUUAUAUUAGCAGAUGAAGCCAAUUAUCACCUUGUUGAAUACUUAUUAGAAACUAUCAACAACAUCAUUCAAUUUCAAUAUACAAAUAAUCCCAAUUUGAUUUUCAUGAUUCUUCGAUAUCACCAAAAGUUUGAAAAAAUAGCAGAGUUUAGUUUAGACAAUGCCAUAAUAGAAAUGGAAAGAAUACGCCACUUGAAGGAAACACGUCUUCAACAAAGAGAAAGUGGUGGUGAAAAUGGAAUGUCAGAAAAAGCAAGGGGUAAAUUACCAGAAGGGAGUUCUUUAUCACGAGUAUCAAGUAAUUCAAGUAUGCAAUUUCAGAGGCAACAAUCAAGUAGUAGUUUAUCCUCAAUGAAUAGCAGUGGCAAUCUUGUUUUACCAGGCACAAAAAAUGGGUUUAUUCCAACAGAAGAUUGGGUUUAUCAUUGGCAUUCGAAACUUCCUUUAGAUACAACUGCAAUUUUAAUACAUACCCUUUUACCAAAAUUAAAUAAUAAUCUUUCUAAUGAACAAGAAGUAUUUAAUUUGAUUCAUAUCACAUCUACAGAUGGUUUAUUGCCUACUACUGCUCACCCUGUCAUUAUACGUAAAUUUCAGUGGACAGAGCCUUUAGUGAUUUGGUUUCGUAGUAUGUUAUGGGGACAAACUUAUAUCUCCUCUGUAUCCAAUUAUGGACCUUGGAAUCAUACUCAAGUAAAGCUAUUCCAUAUUAAACAACAGCAACAGACAACAGAUAUUAAUAAUGUAAACCCUUCUCCUAUAAAUACUCCUCUUCCACCAUCAUCAUCAUCAUCCUCUUAGAGAUAUAUAUAUAUAUUUA